ACAUAUUCCGACUUUUUCACUCAGACAGAUGAAAUACAACCAAGUAUACAACUCGAUCGGCGUACUUCUGUUAAUAUCGUGUCUCACAUGUCACCCGGUCCUUGCAAAAAUGUUUUCUAUUUUAUUUCAUGCACAUUCUUUAAGAUGGUCACUUCCAACUGCGAUUAUGAUUGGAUCAUCACCUACAUUCAUAACAUUGUGGGGUGCAAUGAGAAUUCUGACAUUAUGUUUGCCUCGUCGCAUUUACACAUCAGCUGAUGACUGCCUCUACUCACUGUAUCAGAAGCUGAUCCUGUUUUUCUUCCAUACUUAUACUGGAGCAGAGGUGCAGGUGUAUGGUGAUGUAGAAGCGUUGUUAAAUGAAAAGAAAAGUGUCAUCUUUAUCUGUAAUCAUCAGUGUACUGUUGAUUGGAUUAUAGCAAACAUGUUGGCAUCGCCACAAAGUUGCAUUGGAAGAAUCCGGUAUGUUCUUAAAGAUGGUCUGAGGUUCUUCCCAUUGUAUGGUUUCUAUUUCAGACAGCAUUCGUGUAUAUAUGUGAAGAAAAGUGGUAAAUUUGAUCAGGACAAGGCAGAAAAACAACUUGCUCAGCUAAAAACUAAUGAUAUUCCAGUUUGGUUAGUGAUUUUUCCGGAAGGUACACGCAUGAACCCCGAUUUACCGGAUGUGAUUGAAAGAAGUAAAAAUUCUGCCAUAGAACAAGUGAUGUUUGAGAAGUUAAAGCACCAUGUAGAUGCCAUAUAUGAUGUUACAAUAGGUUACAGUGAUUCUAUUGAUCCAGAGACUGGUUGUAGAAUUGCUGCACCAGGAAUGACUGAAUUUUUAUCUUUAAAUAAUCCUGGAAUCCAUUUACACUUCAAUAAAGUUCCUAUACAAGAUAUUCCUAUGGAAGAAACAGAUCUGAAACAAUGGCUAUUUUCAACAUUCCGCCAAAAAGACAAGUUAAUAUCACAUUUCUAUUCAAGUCUUCCAGAAGAGCGAGGUAGAUUUCCCGGACAGUCAGUUACAUUAAAAAUCCCAGCAUCCUCUACUGUGCCGUCAUUUCUUUUCUUCAGUUCUUGUUUAGUGUUCUUACUAAGUAGGCCAGAGGGUAGAACGUUUUAUUGGAAGACAUAUGUUUUUGGGACUAUAUUAGGCUGUCUGUGGAUGUGUAUAAGAUCUUGAUCAUUUGUUAUAUUUUUAUAUGCCAUGAGUGAUAGAUUCUACAGGAAAAUUUAGUCAUUUGUUUCUUUUGAUAUUCAAAAGUUUUAUUAAAAAAUUAAAAAAAAGGUAUGGUAACCUUAUUGAAAGUAUAUUUUGUUUUGCUGGGGAUUUAAAUUUAUGUUUUAAUUAUCUCAACUAUUUAAAUAGAAGAAUCUGGAGAGCUUUUAUACAAUUUUUAAAAAAAAUACAUGCAAAUCAUGUCAAAGAUCUGCUAUUAAAAGUGUAUUUUGUUUUGCUAAGAUGCAU